CAAAAAAAGGAACACGUCUGAAAAAGUUCUGAGACAUGUUGCUUAAAGUAGAUCCCGUGUCCAGAAGAGAAGCCGCACAGACAACCAGAAGCUCACAAUUAUCAGAAGCUAUUUGACUUGAUAAAGACCACAGAAUUUACUGGAUGUCUAAACAUAUUUCCGCCAUUGGCUUGGCAAAAGUGUUGCAGUGUGUGCCGCUUAUGCUACCUAGCUGAUCAGUUGAACCAUCUAGCAAAACCUACAGAAGAAGUUAUGUCUCCAUUUCUACGGAUUAGUCUCUCCAACUUUGAACUUGGACCUUACCUUCAGCCUCCUGGGGAGGAGAUACAAAGACCUUACUGUGCUGUGAUUGUGAAAGAAGCUGUCGAAACAGCAGAGAAUGGAAAGGUAUAUAUCCAGAAGAAACCGACCAUGUACCCACCAUGGGAAAGCACAUUCGAUGCUCAUAUUCGAAAAGGAAGAGUAAUGCAUGUUAUUGUUAAGGGCAAGCCUGAAGGAAUGGUUUCGGAAACGACCAUAGAGUUGAAUUCUCUGGCAGAGCGCUGCAAAAAGAACAGUGGGAAAAUGGAAAUCUGGAUAGAACUAAAACCGCAAGGCCGAAUGAUAAUGAACGCAAGAUACUUUCUGGAACAGUCGGAUCCCAAAGAGCAUUAUGAAGCCGAUUUAGAAGGCCAGUUUGCAUUACAUCAGCGCAGAGGAGCCAUCAAACAAGCCAAAAUCCACAAUGUCAAGCUUCAUGAAUUUACAGCAACAUUCUUCCCACAACCAACAUUCUGUUCCGUUUGCCAUGAAUUCGUUUGGGGCCUUAACAAGCAAGGAUAUCAGUGCAGACAAUGCAAUGUAUCAAUUCACAAGAAAUGUAUCGAUAAAGUAAUUGGUAAAUGCACAGGUUCUGCAAUCAACAGCAAGGAGACCGUGCUCCACAAAGAAAGAUUCAAGAUAGACAUGCCACACAGAUUUAAAGUGUACAAUUAUAAAAGCCCAACUUUCUGUGAGCACUGCGGGACACUUUUAUGGGGCUUUGCAAAGCAGGGAUUAAAGUGUGCGGAUUGUGGUGUUAAUGUCCAUCACAAGUGUCAAAGUAAAGUUGCAAACCUCUGUGGGAUUAACCAAAAGAUGAUGGCAGAAGCGCUGGCAUUGGUAGAAAAAAAACAGCAGGACAGGAGACAACAGGAAACUGAACAAAUUUACAGGGAAGGCCCUGUUGAAGUUGGUGAACUGAGUGCUGCACAUGGCAAACCUUUUGUUUUAUCGGUUAAAAAAGAGCCCCAGGGUAUUUCCUGGGAAAUGCCAGCAGCGGAAAUCAAAGAUCAAGAACCUUCUACUGAUUCAAGAUUGAGAGAGCACUUAUGCAGUCACAUCAGACUGACCUUCAAUGACUUUGUACUGCAUAAAAUGCUGGGAAAAGGAAGCUUUGGAAAGGUGUUCCUUGCAGAAUUUAAGGACACAAAUCAAUUUUUUGCAAUGAAGGUCCUAAAGAAAGACGUUGUCAUUAUGGAUGAUGACAUUGAGUGUACCAUGGUGGAAAAAAGGGUGCUUUCGCUUGCCUGGGAGCACCCUUUUCUGACCCAUCUUUACUGCACAUUUCAAACACAGGAAAACCUUUUUUUCGUCAUGGAAUACCUCAACGGUGGCGAUCUCAUGUUCCAUAUACAAGCCUGCCACAAGUUUGACCUUGCCAGGGCAACCUUCUAUGCUGCUGAAAUUGUCUGCGGUCUUCAGUUUCUUCAUUCCAAAGGAGUGGUAUACAGAGACUUGAAGCUUGACAAUGUACUGUUGGACAUGGAGGGACACGUAAAAAUAGCAGACUUUGGUAUGUGCAAGGAAAACAUGUUUGGGGAUGCUAAGACCAGCACUUUCUGUGGGACACCAGAUUAUAUAGCUCCCGAGAUAUUACUAGGGCAAAAAUAUAAUUAUUCAGUUGACUGGUGGUCAUUUGGAGUCCUUGUUUAUGAGAUGUUAAUUGGUCAGUCUCCAUUUCAUGGCAUUGAUGAAGAUCAACUAUUCCAGUCAAUACGUAUGGAUGGUCCGAUCUAUCCUCGGUUUCUCACCAAGGAAGCAAGAGAUAUGUUGGUGAUGUUGUUCGUCAGAGAACCAGAAAGACGACUUGGAGUGAAGGGAAACAUUCGUCAUCAUGCAUUCUUUCAGCACAUUGACUGGAAACGCUUAGAAAACAGAGAAAUAGAACCGCCAUUUAAGCCAAAAGUGAAAUCAGCAAGUGACUGCUCAAAUUUUGACAAAGAGUUCUUGAACGAGAAACCAAGAUUAUCGACCACAGACAUUAGGCUUAUUAACAGCAUGGACCAAGAUAUGUUCAAGAAGUUUUCAUUUGUGAACCCCAAGAUGGAAGCUAUUGUUUGCUGAGACAGUCUUACAUUCAGACCUAUCUGUUGCAACUUAUCUUCAAAAGACUGCCAAGUAACAGUUUGUUCCUACUGUGUAAUCAGA